AUGGAGAAUGGGCUCAUCUGCUUUCAAUUCAAACAUCUGAAGUCAAUACAGUGGAUCUUAUCCCGUGGCCCAUGGCACCUUGGAGGCAAACCUAUGCUCCUCCGCAAAUGGACUCCAGGUAUAGUUCCUGAAUCCUUCGUCUUUGAUUCAGUUCCUGUUUGGAUAAAGUUAGGGAGGAUUCCGUUGGAGCUAUGGACGGAUGCUGGUUUGGCUGUGGUAGCGAGUGCAAUAGGAAAACCUCUUUUAGUUGAUCUUGCUACUAAAGAGAGGCGUCGUCUUUCUUAUGCCCGUAUAUGUGUGGAAUUGAAUGUGGACAAUAUUAUGCCUGCCGAAGUAACAGUCAACCUUAGAGGAGAGGAAUUUAUUGUAACUGUCACUUAUGAGUGGAAACCGAAAAAAUGUAACUUGUGUAGAUCUUUUGGACACUUGCAGAACACCUGCCCUAAGAAAAGAGGCAAUGAAGAUAGUAAAAAGGAAGCUGCAAGUAAAGAGGUUCCUGUUAAAGAGGUUGUUCCUACUAAAGAGGUGGUUCCAGAUUGUGGGGAGUAUGGAGAUGUUGUGUUGGAAUCCUUCCAACACAUGGAAGAAGGAGAAAUUAUUACCCAUAAACUUCCUGAAAAGGUGGAGGUGAAUCGGGAGGAAUUUACCCCAGUUGACAGGAAAAAUAGGGGAAUGAUCUCUAUUCGGGACAGAGGGAAAAGGGCAGAAGUGAGUAUCACUAACUCCUUUAAGAACCUCAUGGAGGUGGAUAAAGGAGAUAAAUGGCUUUUAUCUAUAGUGGAUGGCUCCCCUCCUCCCUUACGAGUAGAUGACUCUUCUAUGGUCCUUUUGAGUACUACAGGUGAUGUAAUUCCUAUGGGAGAGGCGGCUCCCAUAUGA